GGUGUACAAUGUUGUCGAUCGGUUGAUCGGCUGAGGUUAUGAGUGAUUAUUUACUUAUGUAGGUUUAUCUAUUUACCUUUGUUUGCACACACCUUUUAUUUACUCUUUUCUUUGGUUGAGAGCGUGUUGUCUAUCUGUCUGUUUGUUUGUCAACGCAAGUAAACCUCAUCACUCAUCACUCAUCACUCAUCACUCAUAUUUUCUUUCAUUCCCCUAUAUCCUGUCUCUGUCCCCCCAUACCCAUCUGAAGAAGAAAGGCCAAAAAAAAAAAAAAAACAAACACAAAAACCACAAAAUGCCCGAACCCCAGAUCCUCGGCACGCGCCUCCAAAAUAAAGUCGCGAUCGUCACGGGCGGCGGCUCGGGAUUCGGUGCAGGCAUCGCCCGUCGCUUCGCGGAAGAAGGCUGUAAAGUGGCGGUUGCGGAUAUCGAUGCUGUGGGCGGCGAACGCGUGGCGAGUGCGUGGCCGCAGAGUAUGGUGUUUGUGAAGAUGGAUGUUACGAGAGAGGGGGAUUGGGAGGGCUUGUGUAGAGAGGUUGUGGGGAGGUGGGGGAGGGUGGAUGUUUGUGUUAAUAAUGCGGGGGGGAGUUAUAGGAAUAAGCCAACUUUGGAUGUCGCCGAAGAUGAAUUCGAUAAGGUUUUUAACUUGAAUGUCAAAUCCAUAUUCUAUGCGACGAGACAUUUCAUUCCCAGUGUUAUUAGUCAGGGGGACGGUGGAUCGAUGAUUAAUAUCGCGUCGAUUGGGGCUACCAGACCUCGUCCGGGUCUCGUUUGGUAUAAUGCUAGUAAAGGUGCUGUUGUUAAUGCUACGAAAGGACUCGCGGCAGAAUAUGGAUCCAAAAAUAUUCGGAUCAAUUCCAUUUGUCCUCUUCUUGCUGGUACAGGGCUCUUUUCGACAUUUACGGGUUUAGAGGAUACGGCCGAGAAUCGCGACAAGUUUCUCUUCAAUGUGCCCUUGGGACGUCUGUGUACGCCGGAGGAUGUGGCGAAUUAUUGUUUGUUCCUGGCGAGUGAUGAGGCGAAGUUUAUUACGGGGACUUGUUUGGAGGUUGAUGGGGGGAGGGGCAUUUCUUGAGGGGGAAGAUGGUGAGAAGGUAGGACGGAGAAAGAGGGUGUGUUUUAGAGAUGGGAGAGUGGGAUAAUGGAAUCGGGAAUGGAAUCAGAUAUUGUUGCUAUUAUUGAUAUUUAGUUCCAUGCUUUCGACAAAACUGCGAAGAUAUCAAGAUUCUUCUCUAUAGAACUGUCCUACCAUUACAAUGUCUCAUAACUGAUUCGGAUAUCAUAUAAUCAAUCCCCUAGCCAAUCUCCCAUGACCACAAGAAUAUCACCUUGCUACUUCGAGAUCUGAAUACCUACGUCCUCUCAGAUUGUUCAUCAUAUUUCACUUUUUUCUUUUUUUUCCCUUUUGUUCAGCUGAAAAUACUGUGAGUACCUAGUGUUCUUGUUAAACCCCUCAUUUAUGUACCGGGUAUAUGUGUAUGUAUGUAUGCAUGUAUGUAUGUGUAAAUGUAUGCGAGCAAUAUGUAUGUAAAAUGUACGUAUGCAUGUAUGUAAAGAAAGUGUCA